GCCUCUGGCCCACCAGUUCAGACAUGGCGGCUCCGCUGGGAGGUAUGUUCUCCGGGCAGCCCCCUGGACAUCCUGGGGACUCUAGGGGCCCGGCUUCGCUUCUUCAGGCCGCGCCAGGCCCUCCGAGAACUUCUAACAGUACGUUGGUGGACGAGUUGGAGUCCUCUUUUGAGGCUUGCUUUGCUUCUCUUGUGAGUCAAGACUAUGUCAACGGCACGGAUCAGGAAGAAAUUAGAACUGGUGUUGAUCAAUGUAUCCAGAAAUUUCUGGAUAUUGCAAGACAGACAGAAUGUUUUUUCCUACAAAAAAGAUUGCAGUUAUCUGUCCAGAAACCAGAGCAAGUUAUCAAAGAGGACGUCUCAGAACUAAGGAAUGAGUUACAGCGGAAAGACGCUCUGGUCCAGAAGCACUUGACAAAGCUGAGGCACUGGCAGCAGGUGCUGGAGGACAUCAACGUGCAGCACAAAAAGCCGGCCGAGAUCCCUCAGGGCUCCUUGGCCUACCUGGAGCAGGCAUCUGCUAACAUCCCUGCGCCCAUGAAGCAGACCUGAGUCAGGGCGGGCCUGCAGGGAGGCUGGGGCGUGAGCCAGCCUAGGCCCGGCUUUGACAAACCUCGCUUCUUGUGGACGUGACAUUGUGGAAGAACUCUUUGCCAAAGAAUGAGAUGAUUUUUGUUAGAUGGCCUCACCUAAAAUUUCCCCCUAUUUUCAUAAAUGUUUUUUUCUUGAGUACUUUAUAAAAUGGUUUUGGUAGAUGAAGUAAAUUUUUGUUUUCAGCAAAGUUUAGAUUGUUAGUAUGAUGCCACUUACAGAUUCCUUUUUAGGUUUUUUUGUAUUUUUUUAAUGACUUAAUCUUUUUGUGUUUCCAGUUUUAGAUUAGCUUAUAUGAUCUGAAGCGGAAAGGUGUAUAAUUUGAGCUGAGAAUCAGAGAAUGAGGAUUUUGGUUGUAGGCCUUUUAUGACAAUUAUCCCUCAGUGGUAAAUUUGCAUAUUCCAAUACUUUGAAUUACCUCAAGAAGACGAAUCUAAUGCAGCAAUGUCCGUAUGGCUUCCAGAGCUCUCAAAAUGAGGAUAUUUUGUGAAUAGCUUGAAAGGACUAUCAUAUCCUAAGUUAGUGUAGUAUUAAUACAUAGGAUCCUUAAGUUGAUGUUGACUUUUAUUUGGGGUAAGUUUAUAUUUUGUGUGGUGAUUUUUCACUUUUGGGGUGGGGGUGUGUAGCAGGAGCAGUGAUGUAAGUUUUGUUAGGUUUUAAGUAAGGGGGCAGACCUGGUGCUGAGCACGCCAGUUGAGGUGUACAUGCAGUAUGAGAGGUGAAAGCUUGCUAUGGUCAUCUCUUCAUUUUGAGUUUUGUUUGCUUGUGUCGAUUUUGUUUCUGUUUUUUUUGUAGUAGAAUUUCUCAUUAAGGAAGGAUCUUGCAAAUGCGUGACAUUGAUUUGAAGGGUCCUUUGGGUGGGGAGUGGGCUGCAGGUAACCCUUAGCAGCUCACCAUCCUCGAAGAUCAUGGGAUCUCAGCAUUUGGGAAGACAUUUUACCCUCUUGUUGGUUACAUGGGUCAAGCAGAUUCUCUGUUGAGAAAUACAGACUGGUGGUGUGUGUGGUGCUCCUUGGAUGAGAUUUUCCUUUCUCCCUUGUUACAUCUCCUUACCCAACAAACAUCUGUUGUCUUCUGGACAGACACUACUUCUGUGA